GAACAGCAAGGACGCCGAACGUGUUUCGGAAAAGUUCUUUCGUCCAUGUCGAUAAAAAUCUCCGAUCAUUUAUCUUUUUGAAUCCCAAUCCCAAUCCGGCAGUAUAAACGUUUUGUCAACCUAAUUUAAAACGACGAAACUUUACGUGCAAGAUAAGAGUGAAACCAAAAAAAUUUCAGAUAUUAUCGGGGAAGUUGUGUGUUGGAUAUAUCGAAGCGGAGUUAAGUUCUUUAUUUUUGUACACAUAGUGACUACGAAUACAAAAUCGCGCGAGUACACGACAAAUGUAUACGACGUAGGUAUUUGUAUUGUGCGAAAUGUACACAUAAUCCGAUUUAAUCGAAAUUGGAUGGUUUUGAAAUGAAAUAAAAAAGAUACAAAAUAAAAUAAAUAGAAGUAACAUGUUACCGAUAUCCGUUUUAGUGUUUUCCGUGUAAAGGGUUUUAUGUUCAGACGUGCCAGGGUAUACGAGUAAAUGGGUAUGCAAGUAAAGUAGUGCGAAAUAAUUCGAUUGACAAAUAGUGUGAUGCGGCUAGUUUGGUAGUUUAAGUUAUUUGAUGCAUAUUACCACCCUCUUGUGCCACCUGUGUUCCUCCUGAUGCACAUGCAAUUGUAGUCUGCUUUGUCGGUCAACGGUCUUUAGUGUUGGGUUGUUUUAGUAUUAUUUACUCCUUUUUUUAAAGGAUAUACUAUUGUGUUAUUGUGGUAUAAAAUUGGUAGUGGUAUUGGAGAGAUAUGGCUAUUUUGCAGUCCUGUUGCUUUUGGAAGACCGUACGUAAAGGGAGCUACGCCAGUGCAAUUUAUACAUUGAUUUAUUUCGGUUGUUCGAGUAUAAUUCUACUACAGUACCUCAGAGAGGAGCAACAAUAUCUUUCGGGUAAAAUUGCAAAACCAACAGGAGAAAGUCUUUUAGAAAGAGGCGAUGUGUCACCAACCACUGUGAUAUUCAAUAUACUCUUCCUGGUAUGCUCUCUAUGCUUAGUUCUGGCUUCAUUGAUGGUGGUCAUUGGUCUAUCGAAAGACCAACGUCAUCUACUAUUGCCAUGGAUAUUCUUUAUGUUUGCUGAUAUCUUCAUAGAGUUCUCUCACCUGGUCUAUCUGGUCAAGUUGCAGAGGCUUGUAUUCGAGCCACUUGUUAGUGUGGUUUUAACAUUGGAUUUUUUCAUUAUGUGUCUUAAUGUAUAUUGCUUACUUUGUAUAAUAUCUCAGUACCAAGAAUAUAAAAGCGGACGAGGCUAUAGAAAACAAAGGCUAAAUACUGACGCCAUUCAGUACAUUACGACAAAUGAUACAACUGCUUCGACAUUAUGUCUUAACACAAUUGGUCAGAAUCAAGCAUCAAUAAGUCCUUAUCUAUAUCACCAUUCAAACUUCUCCACAAUUCCCGAGGAAUCGCAAUUACACGAGAGCUCCGAUAAAGAUGAACUAACAUCACCUUUGGAAGAAAAUUGUUCGAGUCAAUGUUGUGCUGUUAGAAGAUCAUCAUUUAUUCCAGAUACCAUUAUGGAAAAUUAUUGAAAAAAAAAAAUAACGUAUCGGAUCAUUUUCAAAUGCAUUAAUCUUAAAAAUUAAUUAUAAAAUAAUUUUAAAUGUGUUUAAAUGUUCAAUGUUUUUUUUUCCUUUUUUGUAAGAAUUUUUUUACCAAAUUAAAUGAGAACAAAAAAUUCAAUGCAUAU